UACCUGUCUGAAAUCAUACAAUCAACCUACCUUAUCUCUUGCAAAGCAGAAAAUGGAGACAUGGCUCACCAUUACCAUAAUCAGUUUCUCCAUUGCUGCACUCAUCAAAGUUAUUCUCAAUAUUCUCUUUCAAUCUAAGCAGCAAAUUAGACUUCCCCCGUCUCCUGUUAACAUCCCCAUCAUCCGCCACCUUUUAUGGAUCCGCAAAUCCAUCACCGAGCUCGAGCCAAUCAUCAGCUCUUUCCACCAAAAACUCGGCCCAAUAAUCACUCUUCAUAUAGGCUUUCGUCAGACUGUCAUCAUCGCCGAUCACUCUCUCGCACACCAAGCUCUAGUUCAAAACAGCGCCGUUUUCGCCGACAGACCACAAGCUCUUGUAGUUGAUAGUAUCGGCUUGUCUUUAUACGGCUCUACUUGGCGCAUUCUUCGCCGGAAUCUGAUGUCCAAUCUCCUCCAUCCUUCGCGGCUCAGAUCUUACUCUCAAGUCCGUAAAUGGUCGCUUGAUAUUCUUCUCAACCUCCUGGAAUCGCAGAGAAAAUCAGGCGAUCAUCGUCAUCUUCCUGUUUGCGUUAGGGUUAGGGAUAUGUUUCAGUACACUAUGUUUUCUCUAUUAGUGUUCAUGUGUUUCGGAGAUAAGCUGGAUGAUGAGCAAAUUAAGGAAAUACAGAGAGUAGAAUAUUUGGUGCUUGCGAAUAUUGACAGAUUCGAGCUCAAUUUCUGGCCGAGGUUGAGCAAGAUUCUGUUUCGUAAACAAUGGUCGGAGUUUUUGCAGAUUGAAAAAGACAGAGAAGAUACACUUAUACCAUUGAUAAGAGCACGAAAGAAAAUGAAAGAAAGAGAAAAUAAAAACGACCACAUUUUAUCGUACGUCGAUACAUUGUUAGAUCUGCAACUCUCCGAUGAGAAAAGAAAGCUUACGGAGAAGGAAAUGCUGAUAUUAUGCGAAGAGUUUAUCAAUGCAGGCUCGGAUUCUACAGCUGCAGUACUUCAAUGGAUCAUGGCGCAUUUAGUUAAGGACCCGAGUAUUCAAGAAAAGCUAUUCACUGAGAUCAAAAGUGUUGUUCCUGACGGAGAAGAAGAGGUUAAAGAAGAUGAUUUGCAGAGAAUGCCAUAUUUAAAAGCUGUGAUUUUAGAAGCAUUAAGGAGGCAUCCGCCGGCGCAUUUUGUGAUACCACAUACAAUAACAGAAGAUGUAGUUCUGGCUGAUAAGUAUUUUCUACCGAAAAAUGUGGAAGUUAAUUUCAUGGUGGCGGAUAUGGGUUGGGAUCCGAAUGUGUGGGAGGAUCCCAUGGCGUUUAAACCGGAGAGAUUCGUCGGCGACGGAGAAGUUAUUGAUAUAACUGGUAGUAAGGAGAUUAAAAUGAUGCCGUUCGGAGCUGGAAGGAGGAUUUGUCCUGCAGGAUACGGAUUUGCAUUGCUUCAUUUGGAGUAUUUUUUGGCUAAUUUGGUUUGGAAAUAUGAGUGGAAAUUAGGUGUUGAUGAAGAUGAUAUUGAUUUGUCUGAAACAUUGGAUUUUACAUCAGAGAUGAAGAAUCCAUUGCAGGCUCGUAUUUCUCCCAGGUUCAAAUAAGGAUCAUGUAUGUUUGUUUGGUUGUCAAGAAAGAAAAAAAGGUUUCUUAGUAGAAUUGCAUUUUCUUUUUAGUAGAAUUACAUUUUCCAUUUACUAUGUGAUUCAACUCGAUAUUAGUAAAAUAAAUAAAUUAAUUAAUCAUUAAA